AGAUGCUGCAGUAAGUUUUGGGAGUAAAACCAUGAGCGACUCCGUCGUUUCUUUUGCCAGGGAUUUCCUGGCUGUCUGUGUCGCAGCUGCAGUGUCUGAAACGGCUGUGGCUCCUAUCGAGAGAGUGAAACUUCUGCUUCAGGUGCAACAUGCCAGUAAACACAUCACAGUGGACAAGCAGUACAAGGGCAUCGUCGACUGCAUCGUUCGUAUUCCCAAAGAACAGGGCUUCCUCGCCUACUGGAGAGGCAACCUGGCCAAUGUCAUCCGAUACCUUCCCACACAGGCCCUCAACUUCACCUUUAAGGACAGGUACAAGAAGUUCUUCCUGGAUGGCGUGGACCAGCGGACCCAGUUCUGGAGGUACUUUGCAGGUAACCUGGCCUCAGGGGGCGCCGCAGGGGCCACUUCCAUGUGUGUCGUAUAUCCUCUGGACUUCGCCCGAACCCGUCUGGCAGCGGACAUCGGCAAGGUGAGGGCGGAGAGAGAAUUCACUGGGCUGGGCGACUGCUUUGCAAAGAUUUUCGAGGCUGACGGCCUGAGGGGACUGUACAAGGGCUUCAACGUGUCUGUACAGGGCAUCAUCAUCUACAGAGCAGCCUACUUCGGCAUCUACGAUACCGUCAAGAGUAUGUUGCCAGAUCCAGACAAUAUCCACUUAAUGGUUAGCUGGAUGAUCGCUCAGAGUGUGACCACAGUGGCCGGAAUCGUAUCCUACCCCUUUGAUACGGUCCGCCGCCGUAUGAUGAUGCAGUCUGGCCUGAAAGGAGCGGACGUCAUCUACACUGGCUCAGUGGACUGCUGGAGGAAGAUUGCUCGUGAUGAAGGUGUGCAGGCCUUCUUUAAGGGGACCUGGUCAAACAUUCUGAGGGGCGUGGGUGGUGCCCUGGUGCUGGUUUUAUAUGACGAGUUCAAGAAAAUAAUCUAAAUAACUGCCGUUAAUGUUGUGAGAAAGGUGCUGCACUGAAAUUAUGUCCAAUGAGGAAACGGGAAAGGUAAAAAAAAGUUGUUUAUGUGGAAGAGGUCAUCAGUGUUUUGAGUCCUCGCAUGUAUUGGUUGUUGUGUUACAUGGUGUCUUAUGACUGACCUUGCUUUGAUAAAAUUGUCUGAAACUGAAUGUGUACAUCAAGUAAAAGUCUGCUAUCACCACUUCAUUAACACCAAUG